AUGAAAAAUAAAAGAUCAAUCAUUUAAGAACAACAACCAGAUCAUGAAUUGAUUCGUAAAUUAAAUGAAAUCAAUUUAUAACCAGCAGUAUAAGUAUAUAGAAUGUAUACUUAAUUACAUACAGUAGCUUAAGCAGAAUAAGUGGCUGAUUCUUUGUCAUCAAUAGAUUUCAUAUAGAAAUAAUGUGAAAAGAGUAUGAAAGUUAGAGAUUUUGCUAUGUAUGCUGCAUAAUUUUUUAAAUAUGAACAUUACAAUUUUGGUUAAACAAUAAUGAAUUAAGGAGAUUAUGGAGAUAGAUUUUAUCUGUUAUUAAAUGGUGAAGUAGGUGUAUAUAUGAAAAGAUCAAAUGAAGAUAUUGAAAAUGAUUUAGACUUUCUAACUUAACAAAAUAGUGAUACUAAUAUUGGUGUAAAUAACAAUUUAUUAAAGAAAAAGAAAACAGUUGUUUUGACUUAACAAAAUAAAUAUGAUUUAGCUUUAAAAAUGUUAUAAGAUAAUAAUAUGUAUUAUAAUAAUGGAGUUCCUUUGUUUAAGAAAGUAUGGUAAUAUUAUUCAGGUUAAUGUUUUGGUGAUUAAGCACUUAUUCAUGAUUAACCAAGAUCUGCAAGUAUAAUAGUAGUAUCAGAAGAAGCACAUUUGAUAUCAAUGAAUAAACAUGAUUAUAGAUUAGUUUGUGAGAAAUAGAUAUAAGAAUAAAAUGCUAAUGUAGAUUAUUUUAUUAAAUUAUUUAAUGGAGCUAGUAAAUUUACUGUUACUAAAUUUAUUUAAAAUUUAAGAACUAUAUAAUUUUCAGCAUAAGCAAUAUUAUGGAAAGAAGGAGAUGAACCUAAAUUUUAUUUUUUAAUUUUAAAAGGAAGAGUAUAAUUAUAUAAGUAUAUAUCAGAAGGAUUAAUAAAUUAAUUUACCAGUAAAAAGAAAAAGAAGAUCAUUUUAAGUUAAUUAUCAGAUAAUUCAUUUGUUGGAUAAGAAGAAAUAAUAGAAUCACUUCCAUAUAGAUUAUAUUCUUGUUAAGUGUUAGAUAAUACAACAGCUUAUUUUAUGGAAGCUAAUGAUUUUAAUAAUUUAAAAAAGAAUUUUCCAGAUAUUGUUAAAAUAUUGAAAGACAAAAGUUCUUAAAUUUCUGAAUAUAUGAAUAAUAGAUAAAAUAAUAUAAUAUCUAUAUUAUCAUAACAUGAAAAUAAAUAAAAAGAAUAACCAUAAUUGUUAAUUACUGAAAGAAAAACUGUAUAAGAAAUAUUCAAAGAUCCACAUGAUAGACCAGAUAAGAAUGAUAUUCGAUCAUAAAAACCUAGAAUACUAUUAUAAACAGAAAUUGCUCAUUAAAAUAAGUUAUAUCAUUAAAAGAAAUAAUAAACUGAUGCUAAAACUAAAUUUUUAAUGGUUGAUACAAAUUUAAUUGAAUAAAUUAGAGAUAGAGUAUCUAGAAAAAUUUGGACUGGAGCUGAAAAGAAAUAAAGAGUUAAAACUACUAAUCUAGAAGAUAAUUAAAUUUUAAUUAAUAGAGUUUAAAGUGCAAUUAGUACAAAAUCUAAAAAAAUGUAAAAGUAUGAAUCAUUUGAAACUGUACUCUAAAUUACUUCAACAGAUCCAUAUUUUACAUCUCCUACUUUUGUAACUUCUACAACUAAUACUGCUGUACCUCUUAUUUAAAGAUCUUGGAAUCCAACUAGUAGAUAAUUAAAGGCUAAAUUAAGAAAGACAAUGAGUUGCAGUCGAAAUACACUUCAAACAAGAUAAACUGAAAAUGAUGAUAUAUUUUCAUAAUUUUAAUCUCCUAAAAGAAUACAUACAGCUAAAUCUACAUAAAGAAAAAUGUAAAAUAAUAUUAUUAUUAUUAUAUAAGUUAUUCAGCUUUUGGAUCUCACAAAAAGAAUGAUCAAUAAAUAAGUUUUAUAUGA